CAUUUACGGUCUUUCGACACCACACAGCUCGGGAAGCUUGUUUCACGAUGGACAUGUUUACCAAAUUUGCAGAAAUAUCUAAAUCUAACUUAUUUGCUUCACCAUUUUCAAAGGCAGCAUGUUCCAGCAAUGAAACAGCUUCAACAAAAUCACCGAGACGUAAUUUAAUGGCUGCAGCAAACCCAGGUGACAGUUGUGAAUUUGGUUCUGGUAAAUAUUAUGCUUUGUGUGGUUUUGGUGGAAUUUUGUCAUGUGGUAUCACACAUACUGCUGUCGUUCCACUUGAUCUUGUCAAAUGUAGAAUUCAAGUAGACCCAAACAAAUACAAAGGUAUAAUAUCCGGUGGUCGACUUACCAUCCAAGAAGAGGGGGUUCGAGGGUUAGCAAAAGGAUGGGCACCAACAUUAAUCGGUUACUCAAUGCAAGGACUUUGCAAGUUUGGUUUUUAUGAAGUUUUUAAAAUUUUGUAUGGUAACAUGAUGGGAGAGGAGUAUUCGUACCUGUACAGAACCACUUUAUACUUGGCUGCAUCUGCCAGUGCUGAAUUUUUCGCUGAUAUUGCUUUGGCACCAAUGGAAGCUGUAAAAGUGCGUAUUCAAACCUCACCAGGAUUUGCGUCCACCUUAAGAGAAGGCGUGCCAAAACUCUACAAAAUGGAAGGUCUGUCUGGGUUUUACAAAGGACUGCCACCACUUUGGAUGCGUCAAAUCCCUUACACGAUGAUGAAGUUCGCUUGCUUCGAACGUACUGUAGAAGCUAUUUACAAAUAUGUUGUGCCUAAACCUCGAUCAGAGUGCUCGAAAUCUGAACAAUUGGUUGUGACGUUUAGUGCUGGUUAUAUUGCUGGUGUGUUCUGUGCUAUUGUUUCCCAUCCAGCUGAUACUGUCGUGUCCAAGUUGAAUAAUGAUGUUGGUAGCACGCCAAUCCAAGCUGCAAAAGAACUUGGAAUGAAAGGUUUAUGGAAAGGUCUUGGACCACGUAUCAUUAUGAUUGGUACCCUUACUGCGUUGCAAUGGUUUAUCUACGACUCUGUCAAAGUUGCAUUCCGUCUUCCACGACCGCCGCCUCCGGAGAUGCCAGAAAGCUUGAAAGCUAAAAUGGCUGUCAAGUCGUCCUGCGCAAUCUACACCUCCAACAUACGUUUUGAACACACUGAAUUAGUGGUAGAAGUGUGUAGAAUUUUUGAAAUAUUGUCAACUAGUUGUAGUAGUUCCGUCGAUAAUAAAAACCUGCAUCUUAAACUGAACGAGUGUUUGGCUGAAACAAAAAUGCUGUCCCCCAAUGUUGAUCGCAAUGUUCCUAACAGUCCUCUUUUAAAAAACUCAAAAUGCGCAACUUCGUUUCCAGUACUUGCCCUUUUAAUCAAGCAAUAUCAGAAAGAUAAUAGAAGCUCCCAGCAACUUGUUUGCAAAAUGCACACUUUAAGAAAAUAUGUUAGGAGAGCGGUAUACUUUUCUCAGAAGAUGUUUUGUAUAUAUGCUAGCAAAAAAAGCUAUUGUCAAAUGGGAAAAAACAGAGGGAUACAGCUGGAGAGUUUUAAAGUUAACGAUCGCAGAUGGAUGGCUGUAUACUCGGUGAUCAGUCUUGUCUUGCUUGCAUCGCUUGUAAAUAUUGAAGCUCGUUCUGUCAGUCAAGGAAAAUAUUUUAGCAGAGAUAUAUUGAGAAGAGCGAUCGAAGAUGCGUUAGAAAAAGUGCAACGUGAAAGUUUGCUCGAAAAUUCGAAACACGACGAACGACAGGAGUUUAACGAUAAAUUGGAUCGAGAAAUCGCUCGCCUAGAAGAUUUGGUAGUAAAAAGAAAGCGAGAUGGAGAGCAAGCGAACAAAGAAAAUAUUAUUGGAACCGCAGACUUUUCAAAAGUUGCUUCAAGGGAGGAAAAUGCAAAUGUUGAAGUAGAUAACACCAUAGAGACCUUAGCUGAUUUGUUAAAAAGAAACUUGAAGGGAGAAGAAAACGAUGAAAGUUCCAUAUCACAAAGGGAAAAGAAUGAAAAUGCCGAACUCGAGACUAAAAGGGUAAUGGUUGAUCGAGAAGUUUUUGCAGCCAAGAAAAAGAGUGCUACAGACCAAAAUGAGGCUGAUAAACAAAUUAAAAAAGAGGUUGAAGUAAAAAAGAAAGAGGCUGUGGCUGACCAAAAGGAAACAAAGGUUGAUAAAAAGAAUGUCGCUAAGAAAGAGACCGCAGUGAGUAUAAAAGAGGCUACUACAGAAGAUAAAGUUGAUAAAAAAGAAGAUGAGAUCAAUAAUGAAAUUACAGCUAAUGGUGAGAAAAAUAGCGAGAAGAAAGAAACAGCCGGGAAGGGUGAGAAAGAGACUGUGAAGAAAGAAUCAGCCGGAAAGAGUGAGAAAGAGGCUGUGGAAAAAGAAACAACAGAAAAAAAGGAAAACGAGGCUGUGAAGAAAGAGUCAGCAGGAAAGAGUAAAAAAGAAACUGCGAAGGAAGAAGACAAAGAAAAGAAAACAACAAAAAAAGAUGCUGAAGAUUCUUCAAAAAAGGAAGUUGAGGCAACAGAAAAUGAAAAACAGAAAGAUGAGGAUAAAAGCGUAAAGAAGGAGAGUUCAGUAGAAACAGAAUAUGCUGCUGAAAGUACGUGUGGGGGAGAUAAAAAGGAAUGCAAUAGCAAAAAAGAAGUCAAAAACGAAGAAGUAAAAGAUAAAGUUGAAAAUGAAAAUAAAAAAAGUGAAGACGCGGUAGUUGACGACAACGACCAAGUAGCUGAAAUGUCAGACGUCGUGUCGAAAAAGUCAACUGAAAAUGCCGUCGCAUAUAAAGAAGAGGAAAUGCGUCGCAAGAGAAGGAUUCUAAACGACUUAUUGGACGUGUUGAUUGAGAGAAGAAAUGCAAGAAAACGGGAAAGAUUGGAAACAGUGCUUGAAAACGUGAUGGCGCUAGAAAACUACCGUCGAGGCUACAUCAACAAAAAUGACGUCAUUGAACCGUAUUUCUGAAUUCACAUAUAUUUAAUUCGCUGUAAGGAUAAAAAAAAAAGAAAAUAACCUGGGCUUCGAUUCAUCAAAAUGGAAAUCUAAGUUCUUCAGUGUUUUACCACAAAAGAAGUCUUGGACGACACUUAUGUAGCAUAUCUAAUCUGUAUUAUCGCAAAACAUCCACAGAAUAAAUUAAGUAUAACU